UGUCCCUCUUGGGUCUAGCCGUUUAGGCCUCUGUUAGUCAUUUCGUCUCUUCCUUAGUUAGAACAAAAAAGGAGAGACCUUUAACAAUUUUCUGAGGGUAAGAUCCAGAGAUUGAUUGAAUCAGCUUACUAUUUUAUAUAAUUCAGUUUGUUGUUCCUCAGACUUGUAACUAGGACAGUCUUCUCAUGAAUCAUGACUUCUUCAGUACAUGAGCUCUCUGAUAACAAUGAAAGUCAUGCGAAGAAAGAACGUCCAGAUUCCCAAACCCGACCACAGGUUCCUUCAGGACGAAGUUCGGAAUCUAUUGAUACAAACUCUGUCUACUCAGAGCCCAUGGUAAUUUCUCUCAGCCAAAAUCUCAACUAUUUGUGCAGGCUACAUUCAAUGAGUGAUCUUUAUUUCGAUUAUAUGAUAUUUGGUUUAGUUUCUGUGUGAUCUUGCUCUCGGUUAUAAUAUGUUUGCUUGUGAUUCUCUUUUUCAAUGCUAAAAGUUUUGUUUUGAUGCUUACAAUGCCAAAACUUGGUUGUUUGAGAUAAUUCAAGCAAGAAAGUCCCGGGAUCAUCGCCUUUCUGCAGUUUUAGACUUCGUACGAAUGUAAACUUUGAUUGCUUUGAAAAUCAGUCUUGAGAUGCAGUGUAAUGAUAAUGUUGAUUCCAAGUAAUGCUAAACUUUUUAACCUGAGAUGAUACGGUUUUUGUUUUUGUGUGUGUUGGUAUUGAAGGCACAUGGAUUAUACCCGUAUCCAGAUCCUUACUACAGAAGCGUCUUUGCACAGCAAGCGUAUCUUCCACAUCCCUAUCCUGGGGUCCAAUUGCAGUUAAUGGGAAUGCAGCAGCCAGGAGUUCCAUUGCAAUGUGAUGCAGUCGAGGAACCUGUUUUUGUUAACGCAAAGCAAUACCAUGGUAUACUCAGGCGCAGGCAAUCCCGGGCAAAACUUGAGGCACGAAAUAGAGCCAUCAAAGCAAAAAAGCCAUACAUGCAUGAAUCUCGGCAUUUACAUGCGAUAAGACGGCCAAGAGGAUGUGGUGGCCGGUUUCUCAAUGCCAAGAAGGAAAAUGGAGACCACAAGGAGGAGGAGGAGGCAACCUCUGAUGAGAACACUUCAGAAGCAAGUUCCAGCCUCAGGUCCGAGAAAUUAGCUAUGGCUACUUCUGGUCCUAAUGGUAGAUCUUGAGGAAGGUUUCUGCACAACCACAAGUUUAGUUUCUAUUUUGGGUGGAUGUUCUCAGGGCAUCAUCGUCUUUAGUGUUUUUGGAUACGCUGUGUACAGGUUAUUUGCUAGGGUAAACUUUGUUUUAGCGAUUAGAAAUAAAACUAAGCAAAGAAAUGAAAAGUGUGAUUGGAAGUAUUGUUGUACCAAAUUGAUAUUCUUUGCCAAUGAACUCAUGUUUUGGAAAGUAAAUUAAUGUUCUUAGCUUUGUUUGCUAUGAUUUUGAGGAUAACUAACACUGAUGAUAACUACCACUGUGGAUUAGUCCAUUGUUAG